AUGAACCCAGGUGGACGAGGCGGGCAUCCAACGGCGAAGGACUCGCACCUUUUCAUGGGCUCUCGACCAGUCGCCGGUCGCGCUGGUUCGAGCGUGACGGGCGCCGCUCGCUCCUACCAGGCUCCCGCGCGUCCUCUCCAGCACUCUCCCCCGCCAGGAUUCGCGAAUGGCGGCUCGCACAGUCCCAUUUCGCACUCUCCAUCGUUCGGCGCGCCGUCUCCGCAGAACGAGACCGCCAAUCAUCCCGGCCAGCUCGCAAACGGCUUUCGACCUCGUGCCGCCUCCGGUCCUGUCAACUCGCGACUGGCUGGAACGGCUCUUCGCGGCGGCUCCCCUCUGCCAGCUCAAGCGGACGCCGGCGAUCCUCUCCGCCCUCGCAUCGACCAAGCCGUCGAGACGUUCUGCGGUGUCUCGAACGUCUUGCGCGAGCAGGCAGACGAGGCGGCCGCCUUCACCUUUCCGGACCUGGCGGAGGACGAAGCGGACGAGCUGAGGAACAAGUUUGACGGGGCGAGGAGGAAGAGAAGCCUGGAGCGGCAGGAAACGAUCAACCAAGCGUAUGGGAACAUCGCGCAGACGUUGCAGGAGGUCAUGGAGAGCUACGUCGCGCGCGCUCUCGGACCGCACGUACAGGACAUGAAGCAGACGGCGGCCGCUGUCCAGGACUUGACGAGCAAACUCGACCAGCUCGCAACCGACGUCGACGUUCUCAAACAGCAAACGCAGGCUCCCCGCAUCGACAAGCUCGAGAAGGACAUGGGCGAAUGUCAGGCGCACCUGAAGGCCGUCAAGUCGCAGGUCGCCGCCAAUCAGGAAAAGCUUGGCAAGCUGUCACUUACGGAGCCGCGUAUCGCUACGACCGAGUCGCGUGUCGAAGCACUGGAGAAGCAGGCUUCGCAGACGACCGACCCUCGUCGACGUCCGACAUCUGCCGCCGCUGCGUUUCCCACUCCUCAGCCGCCACCGGGACCUUCGCAUGUCGACCAGCAGAAGACCGUCGAUAUGCAAAAGGCCGUGGACGAGGUCAAAGGACGAGUCGGGCAGCUCGAAGCACGGGUCGGAGUCGUGGAUGAGCUGGAGAAGAAGGUUGCGGACGUUCAGCUCAAGGUUGACGAGGUCGCCCAGGACGUCAUGAAGAAGAGGGACGCGGACGACAUGGAGAUCGACGACGACUCAGGCUCAGGCGAGAAGCUGUCGGUGCUGGAGAAGCGACUCGAGGAGGUUCGGGACGAGUGGGUCAAGGAAGUCGCUGCGGUCAAGGACGAUGUGGAGAAGGUGUCGAGCCGGAAGACCGUUCCGCCCGAACACGUUCCUCUCGUCGCGUCCCUCGCCCACUUCGCUGCCGCCGGCCAGCCCGACCUCUCGAGCGAAGAGUUGGCGAACAGGCUCGAGACCGGUCUGCGAGGCUGGGACGCCGGGCUCGGCUCGCACAAGGAGCGCAUCAAGGAGUUGCGCAGCGAGCUAGCCGAGUAUCGCCAGACUUCGGACAAGAAGUUCGUCGACGUGUCUGAGGUGUCGGAAGCCUAUCUUCCUCUCGCCUCCCACAUCGCCGCAUACCUUCGUCGAGGCCAGAUACGCGGCAGGUUCCCGACUCCUCAGGAGAUUGGCUUCCCCGACGACUUCCGCCUCGACGUUCCCGCCAACGGCAUCGACGGAUCGACGGUCUCGCGCCAGACGAGUCCUGCCCAAUCGCAGACACGCCAGCCGUCGGCCGGCGUGGGCACAGCCGCUACGCCGUCAAGGGUCGCUCAAGUGCAAGGUUCAGCGAGUCCAAUGCACGGAGGCGGCAGCAACGGGCAUCGGCCGAGCGGCUCGUCGUAG